AUGGGAACAAAGUUUAGAGCAGCAGUUAUCACUUUUUUUCUUUCAUCCAUCCUUCUUCAUCUGGUGUUUUCUGAAUCCAACGAUGGAAUCGUUAGAAUUGGACUGAAAAAGUUUAAGUUAGAUGAAAACAACAGGAUCCCUGCUCGACUUAUCCCGCAUAUACCGUAUUCUAAAAAAGGCAUUGUAAGGCUAAAGAAUUACAAGAAUAUACAGUACUAUGGUGAGAUUUCAAUCGGCACACCACCACAGAAAUUUACUGUGCAAUUUGAUACAGGAAGCUCUAAUCUGUGGAUACCUUCCUCAGAGUGCUACUACGAUUCUCGUGCGUGUAAUUAUCAUUCUAAAUACUAUGCCCAUCAAUCAAGAACAUAUAAAGUGAACGAAACAAAUGUUGAGAUACACUAUGAAUCAGGUUCAAUAUCUGGCCAUUUUAGCCAAGACAAUGUUUUAGUUGGUGGUUUAAAAAUUAAGAAUCAGGACUUCAUUGAAGCAACAAGACUGUCCGGUGUUGUGUUUAAGUUUACCAAGUUUGAUGGUGUUCUUGGCCUUGGAUUUCAGGAGAUAUCAGAUGGAUAUGCUGUUCCAGUAUUGUACAACAUGAUGAACCAAGGUCUUAUUCGAAAUAAAAUUUUUUCAUUUUGGCUGAAUAGAAAUAAAAAAGAAGAGGAAGGAGGUGAACUUGUGUUUGGUAGGAUUGAUCCAAAGCAUCACAAGGGGAACCAUACUUAUGUCCCUGUGACCCGCAAGGGUUAUUGGCAGGUUGGGAAAUUUAUAUACAUAUUUUUAACUUUUAUGGUUGUUUCAUUUAUAACCUUAUCGUCAACGAAUAGAUCUGGUUGUUCUAUAAUUGCGGAUUCUGGAACUUCUUUGUUGUCAGGUCCAAAAGCUGUGAUUACCAUGAUAAACCAUGAAAUUGGAGUCACCCGAGUAAUGAACUAUAGAUGCAAGUCAAUCGUUAGAGUGAAUAGUCAAAACAUUCUGAACAAGCUCCUAGUAAAGAUUUCGCUAUUUUUGUUGUUGAAAUAUCAACAUGAGGAUAUUUGUUCCCUAAUUGGAUUAUGCCCAGUAGAUAGAAAUACAACAGAUUAUUUCUCUAUGUGCGAUACUUGUGAAAUGAUUGUGGUGUGGAUGGAGAGUCAGCUUUGGAGGAAUCAAACAGAAAAUGCUAUUUUAAACUAUGUUGAUAAACUCUGUAAUUCGUUGCCAAGACCAGAUGAACAUUCAUAUGUGGAUUGUUUGCGAAUUUCCUCCAUGCCUAUAGUUUCGUUUUUAAUUGGUGAUAGAGAUUUUACACUCUCGCCUAAGGAGUAUAUAAUGAAGAUGGUAAAAGGUGAUUCCACUUAUUGCACAAGUGGCUUUAUUUCUGGAGGACCUAUCUGGGUUUUGGGAGACAUAUUCUUGAGUCGUUACCACACCGUAUUUGACUAUGGAGGAAAUAGAGUUGGAUUUGCAGAUGCUGCAUAA